ACUCCAAACUAUAAAACCAUGAUUUUCCUUUCUCAACAAAAUUCAAUGUGUGAAAAGAUGGAGAAAGGCACCACAGAUAUCACAGACAUAGUUUUCUCCCAACAAAACAAGGAGAGAGAAGAAAAAGUAGAAGAAGAGAGCAUUGCUGGUAAUCCUAAAGAAAUUGAAAAAACAGAAGAAGAGAAGAAUUGUGGUGAUGAUUCAGAUAAAAAUGGAGGGGUGUUGAGUGGUUUGAUUGCAGGUAUUUUGCAUCCGACUCAAGAAUCAGAUGAGACUGAGACUAGUUUGAUGGAUAACAUCGUGUCUCAUUUGCCUGCGCCGCUUUCUGAUGAUGCAGCUCCUGCUACAGAGGAGGCUUCUAUUUUAAUUCAUGCCAUUGUUCAUGAUUAGUUUUUUCUAUUUUUAGACUGCUUUUUUUUGUAUUUCAUUUCCACAUUAAACUCUGCCUUAUGUUUUUUUAUGCCAGAGUUUGAGAUUGUAAUUUGUGGCUUGUAUUUCAAUGGAAUCGUAAACAAUUUCUUAAA